UAAUGCGAUAUCCCACACAGAGGUUUCAACUGUUCUGCAGGCGCCUUGCUAUUAAAAUGCUGUUCGGUGUUAGUGUUAUUUUGGAUGAUGAGAUAACCACAUUACAGCACUGGAAGAUAAGAGCUAGCAUAUAACUUUUAUAAAAUUCAAUAGAAAGUAAUGGAGUUAUUUAGAAUAAAAUAAACAAUUUAAUUUACAAAUAAUGAUGAAUAUUUCUUUCAUUAAGUGUAGCACUGUCUAUCUACAUGGCGGGAGAGCAGUCCCGAUCUCAAUGUGUUUUGACAUGAUUGUGAACACGCCCAGAAUGUGAGCGACUGCGAUAACAUAGUUAUGGCAAGAGCAGGACUUUUACUACACUUUUGAGUAUUCAAAUAACAUGGAAAUUCAGAAUGCAGACACAACUUUAAUGUUAGCCUUUUGAAAUUCGCUUUUAAAACAGAUUUAUUGUUGUUGAAUUUUUUAAUUGUCAACAAAUAAAUAUUGAUGUGUACAGGACAAUGUUAGAAGAAUGUUCAUUCAGAGAACAUUCCCUGAAAUGAUUAUUCUAUAGAAAACUUUAAUGUUAAUCAAUUUUACCUGAAAUAUUCUGGCCAUAGAUAUGCUUACAUAUAUGGCACACUCAGCUACUCUAGAGCUCUUGAUGUGUCCAGACAUCAAGUGUUCUCACUUACAGCCAAAACCAGCAGCUAUUUCUGAAAUCAGUACUUUCUUAUUGCACUAAAGUGAAAUACAGUUUAUAUUAAUUGUCAAUUCUUCGAUAUUGUAAAAACAGUAAGAGUACUUCGAUGACCGACUGUUUCAUUAUGCUGGAGUGUGCAUGGAGAUGUUACUAUUCCAUUAUGUUGUGGGACAGUAUUUCUGUAUGCAACAAAUUUUAUUUAUAACAGAUGGCAAUAACAUUGCUUCCAAAACUAUUUUUUACUACUCAGAAAAAUACUAUUGCAAAAAGGUCAAAUUCAAUUAUAGCUCUUACUCAAACAUUAUGUGAUUGAAAGUUUGAUUUCUACAUUGAGUUAUAUUUUCUAAGACGUCUCAACAUUGCACAGCAUCUAUUUGUAUGAAAAAACAAACAAAAAAAAAAAUUUUUAUAUAUAUACUUUUGUUGUAAGUUACCACCAUGUUUUGUUUUAAUUCAGCAAAAUCCUCUGCUCAAGUCUAUUACAGAUACACAGUAUCAAUUUGUAUUUUGAGUGGUCACAGGUUGGUUCCAAUAUGGUGGACAACUUACAUAUGGGGGUCUACACACAGAACUGUCAAAGAACAAAGUAUAUAAAUAAAUAAAUCUAUGACCAUGGUAAAAUCAAAACCUGUGAAUUGGCAUUUGGCUCGCUUGUUGUUUACUCUGGACUUUUGAUUUUAGGGUCAACAGUAACUGUCCACUUUUAAAAAACCUAAUCAGGAAAACCCUACUGAACUCCUGUGAUAUAUAAAUGACUUUUUAUCACAGUCACACACAGACCUUUAUGAUUUGUUAUAAUAUUUCAAUAUUAGAAUCUUGAUUAUUUUGACCCAAUGCUAACCUUUAGUGAUUUUAUUUUCUGCCGAUCAUUUAGUUACAUGUUUGCUAACGGCCCUUGACCAAGUCAAGAAUAGCGGCCAUCUCUCGUGACGACAGACAAACAGUCAGAUAAAUGUACAGGCAGCCGGCACCAUGACCUCCUUUUUUCACUUUCUUCUGUGAGUAUUGUGCCAAGUCCUCCACCUUUGCAAAUAAGAUAAGAGCACAACUGCAAGAACUCUCCCAGCACCACGGACUACAAAAUGGAAGACCCGUUGGAGAAAGAGAUCCCACCAACUGAAAUAAAAGAUUCAGAUGAAGGAGGAAUUCGGCGGCGACUCAGAGACAGAGAUCUUUUGAAGAAACGAAAAGCAGAGGCAGAAGAAAAAGCAACCAACCAGUGGGUUUAUGGGGCACAGAGCAUUAAAAGAGUCAAAAAGAGGACCACUACUGGCACUCCUGGAAGGAAAGGUCGACCAAGAAAAGAACCAAUAGUUAUUGCAGAAGACCUUGGUCUGGCUCAGGAAGUGGAUCCUUCUCCCAUCACAAUUCCUGUCACAGAACCUGAAUUGCCCACAAUAGCAGAGAUAGAGCCUUUGCAACCAGUUGAGCCACAACAAGAACUGGUGCCUGAAGAAGCAAUAAGUGAAAAACCUCAAGAGGAGUUUUUGAUUGAGGAUCUGGGGCCAGAUGAGGAGGAAGAUAUGCCUCAAAAACACCUGGUUAUCGAUACAGGAGACGACGAGAAGCCAUAUAAUGAUGUGCCUGAACAGAGCUCAAUUGCAAUUCCAAUGUUUGCUCCAGCACCUGAUUCUUCUCAACCAGAUAACCUAAGCCUUACUGAAAAUUUACUUUUCUGAGCACCUCCUUACUAUGGAAACAAUAGGAUUGUGGCUAACUCAUUUAAUACAUUUUAUCUCAAGGGAUUUUAAAACCUGAAACAAUAACAAAUGUAUAUUUAUUCAAAUCCUUAAUGUUUUCAUGUACAUAUGCCAAUCGUUAUUACUUCCAGUCAAAUACAAACAUUAACUAGAUAUAUUAAGAAAGAAUUGUUUGUUAGUUGUUACAUUAAGGUACUUUUGUGCCCCCUAGUGAUUGUAAAUUGCAAAGUAAUAUUUUGCCUCCAUGACAAAUCUUUGUUUAGAUUGUGUUUGUACAACUGACUAUUUUACAAUAAAUGACCGUCUUUGUCUACAGUAAUUUCA